UUUGCUUCCCUCUAUUCUUAAUUCUCUUGUACAGAAGUACAUACAGUACCUUUCAAUACCCCUUUUUCUCCAUUUUCCCAAUUGUCAAUUUCUCACCAUUUUCCCCAUCUUCUCAGAUCUCAUAAAUUCAAUUCUCCAAAAAUACUUCAAAUUUUGAGACGAAAAUCACGAAAAAAAAUACUCCAAAAUUGUAAGAGGAAAAUAAGCAAAGAAAUCACGAAGGCGGCACUCCGGCGGUGGUGGCUGAUAGCGGCACAGGCGGCCUCAAUUUCAUCUUGCAUGUCCCUUCCUUGAGCUGAUUUCUCGAAAUUCUCUUCAAGAUGAAACGGAGUAGACCUAAAUUUUCUGCUUCCAAAAAUCAGCUUACGGAAUUGAAUAUGAGCUGCAACGGCUUCAAAAACUGAAAGACAAUGCAGAAAGAAUGGAAGCCCUAGGAACGACAUCUCUUGCUAAUAAGAUACUUGAAGACAAAACAAAAGCAUUAUUUUGUCCAAGUGCAAUGCUGAAUAGUACACCAGAAAAUGAGGAUGAUGCCUCUACGUCGGAAUAUGAUGGUGAAAAUGAGGUUGAAACUGACAAUCUCACUUCUGGAAAAAGAAAAGCCAGUAAACAGGUUCCAAAGCAAGUAAAUAAAUCAUCACUUCGCCCCAAAACUAUGGCUGAUGUUGUGGAAGUGAAUAGCCGUAAGAAGCAUGCUGUUGAUGAAGUUCAGAACAUUCACUCACUUAAGGUUGCUAGAGUUCAAGAUCAAUGCAUCCAAAAGAAGGAGCAAGUUAUCUCAGAAAAGAAGGGAUCAAAACGAGCGUUCUGUUCUCCUGGUUCCAUGUCAGCGUACCUCGAGUUCCGGAAAAAGCAAAAAGAAAAUAAUGACGCAUUUGUAGCUAGUUAUCAGUCAUUGAAUGAUUCUCUUACAAGAAACACAAGGAUUUGUGGCGCUGCAUUUAAUGAGAAUGACAAUGAUGAUGCGGAUGCACUAAGUAGGUGGCUUGAUGAAGCGGAUGCACUGAAUGAGAAUGAUGAUGAUGUUGGUAAUGAACAUGAAGGUGUUCAAGAAUUAGAAGAUGACCUUCUAUCUAACUAUGGAAGGGAAGGAAUGCAAGAAACAGAACCAGAAAAAGAACUUGAAAAAGCUCCUAACAGAAAAAGGCAUCGAGGUCCAACAAUGCUACCCAAGGUUCAUGCACGAACAAGAGACGAGCGUGAAGUUAUUAUUUUAAACUCACUUGGCCAACCAGUUGGACCUACACGGGAAAUUGUUCAGGAGUUCAAGCAAUUCUUGGGUAUUGUGGCAAGGGAUUCUGAACUUGCACCACUAAAUUAUAUUAACUUUCCAAGUCUACCCACACUUCACAAAAUGUGGGAGUAUGUCCAAGAAAAAUAUAUGGUUCCUGAAGCAGGAAGAGAAUGGGUGAUGCAGGCUAUCAAUGGAAGCUGGAAAGCUCAUAAAUGCUUUACUAAGAGGAACUACUUCUCUGCAUAUCCCACUGAUGCUUUACGAUGGUUUCAUAAGCCAGACACAAUUUCAGAACCUCAAUUUAGAGAGCUUUUGCAAUACUGGCAUUCUAAAGAGGCUGAGGAAAUCAGUAAAAUCAACAAAGACAAUCGCCAACUGUUAGAUGAUAUGCACACUAUGGGCCGUAACUCUUACGCAAUUUUACGCCAUAAGUUGAAACAACAGGAUCCUGAUAAGCAAGAACCUUCUCAAACAAGGGUCUAUAAGGAGUCAAGAAAAAGAACGGUGGGAAGGAAAUACCUUACCAACCAUGAAAAAAUAGAAGAGAAUAUUGCUAAAAUGGAUGCUUUGGAGUCUUCCCAACAUGAAGAUCAAGAUGGUAGUAACUCCAAGGACCCUUACUCUGAAGUGAUUCCAGAUCCUAAGCGCAAAAGCCGUGUACGCUUACAAGGAAAAGGUGUAAAAAAGUCGGAUUUGAAGAAAAAAGAUAAAAAGUCAGAUUUCAUAUUCCCGACAGAAUUUUUAGAAAGUAUGCAAUCUCAAUUAGUACAACAACUUGCACCAAGCGCAACAACUGCAAUUUUGACUCAACUUUGGGAUGCUAACCCUGGGAUCAAUCUUGUUAUUCCUGAUUUUGCGAUUCCAUCGGCUCCAAAGGAUGCAUCUAGUGCGCCACAUCUUCUUGUUGACCAAAAUGGGCAAUCUUCUAAAUCUGGUGCCACAAUUAAUCAGGUGCAUGGGGAGUCAAAUGGAGCGGAAGUAUAGUGACUAGCCAUCUAACAAAUGGUGCAUAUAUGUUGGCGACUCUUAUUCAAGUUCCGGCUUUGUGAAGAUUUGGAUAUUUCGGCUUAUAUAUAUGUUGACAAUUUGUAUUUUGGAUGAUCAAAUUAAUUAUCUAACUUUUAUUUAUUAUUAGUACGGUAUGUCAUAUCAAAAAUAGGCAAGUAAUAUUUUGUAAUGUACGUAUUUUGCAUUAUAAUUAUUAUAUAUAAAUGAUACUUUAAUUUGUUUAUGUUAGUAUAUUUAGAUUUGUACCGACUAAUUAAUAUUAUAUUACCAUUCCAUCCC